CAGACACGAAAAAUGCUAAGUAAAAGCAAAAUCGUGUGUUUGUACAAUUUAUUAUAUAUUUUAACAAUGGUGUCGGCAUCAAAAUUGCCGAAAGAGGAAAACCCAACUCAAAUUUACCUCUUGGGAUUAAAUGACGCUGGAAAAACUGCAAUUUUCAACAGUUUAUUAGGUAGAAACUUUACUUUAUCUCAACCAACAGUCGGUUUUAAUUUAGAGGAAGUAAGAUAUAAGGAUUUGAGCUUUUUUUUAUGGGAUCUUGGAGGUCAAUGUAGAUUAAGGUCAUUAUGGAAGCAUUUUCUAACUGGAAAUACGAAUGGUAUAAUAUUCGUAGUGGAUGCAGCAGCUGGAAAAGAGCGGUUAAAACUGGCGUCAAAAGAGCUGCACGAAACACUUCGAAAGGCUAUUAUACCCGAAGAACUGUUCCUAUUGGUUUUGGCGAAUAAGCAGGAUAUGGAUGACAAACUAAGUGCAGCAGAAAUAGUAGAUGGUCUAAAAUUAGUGGGAUUAAAAUAUGAAUGGGAGCUGUUGGAGACCUCGGCAAAGCAUAAUACCGGUAUUAUUGAGUCUUUGGAGUGCCUACAUCGAGAAUUUAACUAAAAUCAAAAAUCAAACAAAAUUUAAAUAUAUGUUUAUUAAUAUGUAUAUGUGUAAAA